CAAAAUGAAAUCACACCUUGUGCUAUUUUUAUCUAUUUUGAUUUUUAAAGAAAAUAAAAUAACUCUAGGCCAGAGCUCAAACACCUGUCCUAGUGGCAGUCCAAAUGGAGUUCACCAAAUGAGCCUGCCAGGAGAAGAAACAUUCCAAGUGACACAAUGCAAGUCUUCAGCACCAGAUUGGACAAUCAUUCAAAGGCGUCUUGAUGGAAGCGUUAGUUUCAAUAGAUCUUGGAUUGAAUACAAGGAUGGUUUUGGAAAUAAUCAAGGAGAGUUCUUUAUCGGCCUGAAGAAACUUUAUCUGAUGACUAAAGAACAACCUCAUGAUCUUUUCAUUCAACUAAAGCAUAUCAAUGGCGAUACAGUGUAUGCCCAUUAUGAUGACUUUAAAGUGGGCAGUGAAAAAGAAAAAUAUAAGUUGGAAAGGGUGGGGCAAUAUUCGGGAACAGCUGGGGACUCCCUUAAAUAUCAUAUAGGCAAGCAGUUUUCCACUUUUGAUCAUGAUAAUGACGAAUCUAGAAGAAAUUGUGCAGCCGAGCAUGGAGGUGGUUGGUGGUUUCACUCUUGUUUGUCAAGCUCGCUGAAUGGUUUGUACUUCAAAGAAGGAGAAACUCUCACGCUAGAUGGAAUUCAUUGGGGUAUAUGGAAAUAUUACUCUUUUACCUUUGUACAAAUGUUGAUAAGACCGAAGUUGUUUUGAUUAAAUUUGAGUAAAAAUUAUAUAAACAAAUCCCACGAGUAAAAAAACUAAAUUUUUUGUUCAAU